ACAGGGCGUUUCAGCCCGGGCGGAAGCCCGGGGAGCGCAUCCCGGGAGAGAGCGGGCAGCGGCUUUUCCCUUGCUUAGCCGGCUGUGAGCUGAGGGGUAGGAGACGAGUCCGGCGCUCCCUGAUUGUUCGUAGGCUCCAGCGGCGUCAGGCCUCGGAACAGCUGUAAAAGCUGUUGGCCCUGGUGGUCUGGUUGUUCUUCCCUUUCUUCCUUGCGACUUUUAGUUGGUCCCCAAGAUCUGGGCGUCGGCAGGAGGUGACAGCUUGGGCACGAGACCCAGCCGAGAGGCGGAUGGGAUGGCUGGAUGCCUGGACUGAGUGGUGACAGCUGCGCUUCCUUCCUGCAGGGACCUGAGCCGCGGCCCUAGGAUGGGAAACAGUGCCCUCCGCGCUCAUGUGGAAACCGCGCAGAAAACUGGUGUCUUUCAGCUUAAGGACCGUGGGCUGACCGAGUUCCCCUCAGAGUUGCAGAAGCUGACCAGCAAUCUAAGGACCAUCGACCUGUCCAACAACAAGAUCGAGAGCCUACCGCCUAUGAUUAUAGGAAAGUUCACUCUGCUGAAGAGCCUCUCCUUGAACAACAACAAACUGACUAUUCUUCCUGAGGAGUUAUGCAAUCUGAAAAAACUAGAGAUGCUAAGCCUAAACAACAAUCACUUGAGAGAGUUACCAUCUACCUUUGGGCAACUGGCAGCCCUCAAGACCCUGAGCCUCUCUGGGAACCAGCUACGAGCACUACCACCACAGCUCUGUAGCCUACGGCACUUGGAUGUGGUGGAUCUCUCCAAGAACCAGAUUCGGAGCAUACCUGACUCAGUGGGGGAGCUGCAGGUCAUCGAACUCAAUCUCAACCAGAACCAGAUAUCUCAGAUCUCAGUAAAGAUAUCUUGCUGUCCUCGCCUUAAAGUUCUUCGCCUGGAAGAGAACUGUCUUGAGCUCAGCAUGCUUCCACAGAGCAUUCUCAGUGAUUCCCAGAUCUGUCUGCUUGCUGUGGAAGGCAACCUUUUUGAAAUAAAGAAACUUCGAGAACUGGAAGGAUAUGAUAAGUACAUGGAGAGGUUCACAGCCACUAAGAAGAAGUUUGCAUGAUGUUCUCCAGGAGCACGGGAACCUUGCAGAACACUGACAUGGAAUCUCUUGCAAUCUGGCUGAAUCAAAAGGUCCUGUUGUUGUCAAGGAUUAUCUGCAGUAAGGAGAUGAUACUCCCGCAGAUAUUUCAAUGAUCUUUUCCCUUUCCAGGGCUCGUCUUAAGCAAGCUAAAAAAUCAAGGGACAGUAAGAGUCCUCCAUUUUGAGUCAUGGAUAAGGGUAAAGGACAGUGUUGAUCAUCAAAACCUCCAUUAGUCUGGCUUUAAGAAAAACAGUAGCGCAUUGUUAUUUAUACAAUGAGGGGAUGCUGCUUGGUCACAGAAUCACUCCGUAUCACAGCUUGAAAUUUCAUGUUUAGUUUCAGUGUAUGAACUUUCAUAAAGUCAGUUGCCAUUCCACCUGUGUUAACAUUUCAUAUUUUUAUGAAAUAUAGUUUGUGAGAGGCUACUAUGGUUAAUCUAGGAUUUAUGAUUUUAUUUCAGUCCAUCAGUUCAAUCGCAGUGUGUAUACUUGGAAUUUAGAAUGUACAUAAAUAUGUCACUGUCUUGAUUAAAAGUAUAUUUUGUCAGAGAAGCACCAACACACUAAGAGAUGUUCCCCAAGGCUGCAGUAGCAAAUUUUUUACUAUUGCAUGUGCCUUACUGGUAGAGGGCUCUGAAGAGCUAAAACCAUAUAUGCAAAAUUUGUAAGAUACAAAGGGUUGUAAUCAAGAUUUUCCUGAAGCUUUGUUAGAAAUAAUGUCUUAUUUCUGGUAAUCCUUUUCCCUUUUUGUGUUUAUAAUUCUACUAAUCAAAUUACCUAUCAAAAAUCUCCUACAAUAUUUUAAAAUAGCCUAUGUUUAUAAAGUUUAUUCUCUGGAUGAGAGAAUAUACUAAAUAAAGAAUUUUUAAUGAACUUCGGCUGGAAAAAGUGCUGAUCCUCAAAGGAAGAAGACAGGAGAACUUUAACCUGUAUGUGGCCCUUUGUUUGAAAGUAAACUGAUUAGAAAGAAAUGUUUCAUAAGGUGCAGGAGUACUGAAAUGCCUUCAUGUGACUGAUAAGCAUUUUGCAGUACUAAAACCAUGCUUAUUAAGAGAAACUGAAAGUACAAAGGUAGAUGAUGUCAGGUUGUUACUGACAUGAACAUUUCGGAAACUACCACUCUCAAAUAUUCUGAGGUUUUGCCUUUGGCAAGGCAAUUUAGCAUGUAUUGUCAGUUCUUGUUUUAUAAACCUAGUUUAACCAUUAAGUCAGUAGAUCACAACAGCUUAGUGUUUAUAUGAGGAAGUCUUUCUGACUUUAAGUCUGAUCCGUAUUCUAAAUCUGAUCCAUAUUCUCUAUUUCCCAUGUUAUUUUCUGUUUCUCAACAUGGGGAGGGAUGGGCUGCCAGUUUAUUGUUAGCAACUGAGUUUUGCUUUUUGUAAACUUCAAUGCUUAAUCUUUUUCGUCUACUAAACAAUGUUUCUCUAGAUUUUUUAUCAGUGCUUAACAUCUAAUAAAUCAGAGCUUCUAAAGUAAACAA